AUGGUGCUACAGCCUAUAAGGGGCCCUAGCCUGCCUCCAUUCAGACCUCUCCUGAGCCUUUCAUCCACAGUGUUAGAUCAGCAUCUGUCCAUCCCAGUGGUGCUACAGCCUAUAGGGGGCUCUAGCCUGCCUCCAUUCAGACCUCUCCUGAGCCUUUCAUCCACAGUGUUAGAUCAGCAUCCAUCCAUCCCAGUGGUGCUACAGCCUAUAGGGGGCUCUAGCCUGCCUCCAUUCAGACCUCUCCUAAGCCUUUCAUCUACAGUGUUAGAUCAGCAUCCAUCCAUCCCAGUGGUGCUACAGCCUAUAGGGGGCUCUAGCCUGCCUCCAUUCAGACCUCUCCUGAGCCUUUCAUCCACAGUGUUAGAUCAGCAUCCAUCCAUCCCAGUGGUGCUACAGCCUAUAGGGGGCUCUAGCCUGCCUCCAUUCAGACCUCUCCUGAGCCUUUCAUCCACAGUGUUAGAUCAGCAUCCAUCCAUCCCAGUGGUGCUACAGCCUAUAGGGGGCUCUAGCCUGCCUCCAUUCAGACCUCUCCUGAGCCUUUCAUCCACAGUGUUAGAUCAGCAUCCAUCCAUCCCAGUGGUGCUACAGCCUAUAGGGGGCUCUAGCCUGCCUCCAUUCAGACCUCUCCUGAGCCUUUCAUCCACAGUGUUAGAUCAGCAUCCGUCCAUCCCAGGGGUGCUACAGCCUAUAGGGGGCUCUAGUCUGCCUCCAUUCAGACCUCUCCUGAGCCUUUCAUCCACAGUGUUAGAUCAGCAUCUGUCCAUCCCAGUGGUGCUACAGCCUAUAGGGGGCUCUAGCCUGCCUCCAUUCAGACCUCUCCUGAGCCUUUCAUCCACAGUGUUAGAUCAGCAUCCGUCCAUCCCAGUGGUGCUACAGCCUAUAGGGGGCUCUAGCCUGCCUCCAUUCAGACCUCUCCUGAGCCUUUCAUCCACAGUGUUAGAUCAGCAUCUGUCCAUCCCAGUGGUGCUACAGCCUAUAGGGGGCUCUAGCCUGCCUCCAUUCAGACCUCUCAUGAGCCUUUCAUCCACAUUGUUAGAUCAGCAUCCGUCCAUCCCAGUGGUGCUACAGCCUAUAGGGGGCUCUAGCCUGCCUCCAUUCAGACCUCUCCUGAGCCUUUCAUCCACAUUGUUAGAUCAGCAUCCAUCCAUCCCAGUGGUGCAACAGCCUAUAGGGGGCUCUAGCCUGCCUCCAUUCAGACCUCUCCUGAGCCUUUCAUCCACAGUGUUAGAUCAGCAUCCAUCCAUCCCAGUGGUGCAACAGCCUAUAGGGGGCUCUAGCCUGCCUCCAUUCAGACCUCUCCUGAGCCUUUCAUCCACAGUGUUAGAUCAGCAUCCAUCCAUCCCAGUGGUGCUACAGCCUAUAGGGGGCUCUAGCCUGCCUCCAUUCAGACCUCUCCUGAGCCUUUCAUCCACAGUGUUAGAUCAGCAUCCAUCCAUCCCAGUGGUGCUACAGCCUAUAGGGGGCUCUAGCCUGCCUCCAUUCAGACCUCUCCUGAGCCUUUCAUCCACAGUGUUAGAUCAGCAUCCGUCCAUCCCAGGGGUGCUACAGCCUAUAGGGGGCUCUAGCCUGCCUCCAUUCAGACCUCUCCUGAGCCUUUCAUCCACAGUGUUAGAUCAGCAUCUGUCCAUCCCAGUGGUGCUACAGCCUAUAGGGGGCUCUAGCCUGCCUCCAUUCAGACCUCUCCUGAGCCUUUCAUCCACAGUGUUAGAUCAGCAUCCGUCCAUCCCAGUGGUGCUACAGCCUAUAGGGGGCUCUAGCCUGCCUCCAUUCAGACCUCUCCUGAGCCUUUCAUCCACAGUGUUAGAUCAGCAUCCGUCCAUCCCAGUGGUGCUACAGCCUAUAGGGGGCUCUAGCCUGCCUCCAUUCAGACCUCUCCUGAGCCUUUCAUCCACAGUGUUAGAUCAGCAUCUGUCCAUCCCAGUGGUGCUACAGCCUAUAGGGGGCUCUAGCCUGCCUCCAUUCAGACCUCUCCUGAGCCUUUCAUCCACAGUGUUAGAUCAGCAUCCAUCCAUCCCAGUGGUGCUACAGCCUAUAGGGGGCUCUAGCCUGCCUCCAUUCAGACCUCUCCUGAGCCUUUCAUCCACAGUGUUAGAUCAGCAUCCAUCCAUCCCAGUGGUGCUACAGCCUAUAGGGGGCUCUAGCCUGCCUCCAUUCAGACCUCUCCUGAGCCUUUCACCUCCAGUCUCAUUCUUUUUAUAUUAA